AUGCUGCUUCGAGAUUUUUUAUACACACGGCCAGUCUGCCUCCAAGAUGUCUCGUUCAAAGACAUCUGCAAUCUGGCCAAGGUCGCUCACCGAUGGGACCUCUUGGUGUUGUUCAACAGCAUUCUUCAGUACGUUAAGGAUACAAACUUGCUGUCUUGUGGUACCCGGGUAGUUCUUUUCGCUGAAGUCGUCAAGCUUCAUAUUUUGCCCCUUGACCACACAAGGUACUUUUGGGAGCAAGUUGGCCAUUUCUACAAGGAUCUUACAAGUUUUCCUCAGACAAAACAAAAAACGCAGAAUUUUUCGCGCUCUAAUGUCACGGAUGUUGACGGAGACACCAAUGACAUAAAUGGUUCACAGGCACGUGAGAGUGGAACAGAGAGUCUAUCCAGGGGUAGAAACGUUGAUCGUAAUUCAAGUGAAGAUGGAGUGCACCCAACAGUUGACAUAUUUCCAAACAAGCAAGUGAUUUGUCCCCGCUUUCCAGGGCUGUGGACACUUGCUUUGUCUCAAGGCAUGGUGCAAGUUGUCCUUUCUGCAGCUCUUACGGAAUCAAAAAUAUCAAAUAAUGAUACGUUGCACCUGUGGCACGUCGUGUUGAAGUUUCUAGAGCCUCGAAUUGAGUCGGAUAAAGAGGUAUGCUCCCUUCUUGACUCCUUUCCGAACCGCUCUGAUGAAUGCGUUUCUUCAGUGCUCAAUGACAUGAAGAUUGAUGAGCAAUGCAGCACUCGGGCUAUGAGGCUUUUCGCAAAAAGUCAAGAAGUGAAAACAACACAAAGAAAUUAUUACUAG